AUGGCAGCUAAGUUUGCGUACGCAACCAAGGCGGCGUUUCUGCUAGUCCUUUGCCUCGCCGUGGCGUGCAAAACAUUAAACGAGAGUGCUCAACACACGUGCGCCUAUCCCCAAGCUUGCACCAAUCCUGGCAACCCGGACCCAGGCCACACAGUGACGACCACGGCCCGCUACAACCCGGCCACGGGCCGGUGCGUGACCACCCCGUCGAUGACCGGACCCCACGACUGCCAGAGGUUCGCCACUCUGGCAGACUGUCAGCGGGAGUGCGGACAGUAA